ACCCAGCCAUGGACAGCUCCCUGCACGCCACGCUCGGCCUUCUGCUCGGCUGCUGCCUGUGGGGCGCAUGGGGCCAGACCAAGAUCCACGUUAGCAAUGGGGGGAUAUGGGGCACGUGGGGCGCAGAACAGUCCUGCCCCGGCAACAGCUUCGCCGUUGGGUUCUCCCUGAAGGUGGAGCUGCCCCAGCUCGCCGGGGAAGACACGGCGCUGAACGGGAUCCGGCUGCUCUGCUCCGACAGCAGCACCAUCCAGUCCAAAGUGGGGCCGUGGGGCUGGUGGGGCCUAGUGAUGAAAUGUCCCUCGGGGCAGCGGCUGACCCAGUUCCGGCUGCGGGUGGAGCCCUGCCGGGGCCUCAAGGACAACAUGGCCGCCAAGAACAUUGAGUUUGUCUGCACGGGCGGGGUGAAGCUGAGGGGGGACGGGCUGUGCCGGGGCAAGUGGGGCCCCCAGAGCCGCUCCUGCGGCCCGCGGGGCAUCUGCACCAUUGCCACCAAGGUGGAGGCCCCCCAGGGCAAAGGGGACGACACAGCCCUGAACGAUGUCUACUUCAGAUGCUGCAGGCCUGAAACCCUGACCCCCACCACAACCCUGCCCCCUACCACCACAACCCAGUCCCCCACCUCUACGCAGCCCCCCACCUCCACAACCCAGUCCAACGUGGGGCCGUGGGGCUCGUGGGGCCCAGUGAAGAAAGGUCUCUCGGGGCAGCGGCUGACCCAGUUCCGGCUGCGGGAGGAGCCCUGCCGGCGCCUCAAGGAUGACACAGCUGCCAACAACAUCGAGUUCGCCUGCACGGGCGGGGCGGAGCUGAGGGGGGAUGGGCGGAGCUGA